UGAACCUGAAAUAUUAACAUCAUCACAGGUCGUUAUUUUUGCGGUCGAUAAUGAAUCAUACUCUACACUCUCAUUUAAACUAGCAAGUUUUAUCUAUUCAUUCACACAUGUGGACACUACUUAGGCAUGGCUCAAUCCUAUUUUAAUGAAAAUACACCUGAUGUAGUUUUGAGGAGCCUUUUUGCGAAGUAUGAUGCUGACCAAAGUGGUCAGAUAGGCAGAGAUGAAUUGUCAACAUUAUUGACCACUGACCUUGGAAUGACCGACAGCCAAGCUGAAGUGUAUAUACAUUUACUGGAUAAAGAUGGAAGUUCCUCCGUCUGCUUCGACGAAUUCAAACAAUGGCUGCGCAGUGAUGAAAAGCUUAAGUCAAUAAAUGAUCAGGCAAGAUAUCAUGUACUUUGCAAAGCUGUGGAAAUGUUCAAGAAAUAUGACACAGAUGAAAGUCAAUCUAUCAGCUCUGAUGAGUUUGAGGAGUUAAUGAACGACCUUGGUGCCUCUAGCGAUCGCGAAAGUGACUUCAAAGCCAUAGGCAAUGGGAAAAUUUCGUUUCCAGAAUUUUUGAAGUGGCUGAAAUGGCUUAAAGUGUAAAGAUAUCACAUAUAAUUAUGUAUUUUACUGUGCAAAACUGCAAAUUUCUGCCAUUAUGUGUAAUUAUAGUGUUAUACUGAUAAGAAUGAAUUAUAAGCUUAAUAUAUAUUCUGUUCUGUAAUCUCUUUAAAAGACAAAAUAUUGAUAUCUCAUUAAAUAUGAAAGAUUGUG